AUGUUACGCGUGACGCGCGGCAUUGUGAUGCGUCGCGGUUGCACUGGUAGGGGUUUGGUGUUGGUUGCUUGUGAAAAGAUGGUACUUUUGGAGGAAACAGUUGCAUCAAAUGAUUAUUAUGAUUACGCAUCACCACUGUCAUCAUCAUCAUCAUCAUCGUCGUCAUCGUCAUCAUCGUCAUCAUCAUGCUCAUCGUCAGAGUGUGAUGGCGAUGAUCUUUCACCUCGUUCAUUGUUAACACUGGCAAUUCAACGGCGUCGAAUUAUUUACAACAGUAAGGAACGUGAUUUAAGACGAGAAUUGCUGCAUACAAGUUUCAUUCAAUCGCUGUGCAAAUAUCUUGGUGAACGUCGUGCUAGACGGCAUCAGCAGCGAUGUGCCGCCAAACGUCAUCGUAGGAGGAACAGUCGGGAGAAUCGGAAACGUGAGUACUCGUCGUCGUCCUGCGGGUCGGAGUCUGAUUUUCGAGUUAAAUCCCACCCAGGGAUCAUCAUGGAUGAUUUCCCGGGACAUUUGGAUUUGUCUCCUAGUGAGUCAGAAAGAGGAGGUGGAGGUGAAAACAGUGAAACAAGUCAGUUUGAUGGUUAUAACGACAGUUUAUACAGUUUAUUGCAACAAGAUAACUGUGUUCAGUUGCCUUUGUCGAAUGUUAUGGAGGCUGACAAUAUAUUGAUUGAGCCACUACCACCACCGCCGCCACCGGUUUGUUUCAAGAAAUCGCGCUAUACCCAAUCAGAUGCAGAUCCGUUUGGCUUAGAUGCAUUGUUCGAUGAACUAUACGGCAAAACGAUGGUUGCGUCAGGAUAUAAAGGUAAUGAUCAGGAAACAAGAAGUGUUGCGCAUGAAACAGCUAUUGCAGCUGUUGGAGGAAACGAUGUAACGCCAGCAGUACAAAAGCCAGUUUCAAUAGUAGGGGAAGCCAAUGAUGUUUAUGUGGGGUGGUUAUAUGGUGUGAAAGAGAAACAGAAUGGACAUGAACCGCUUUUCUUCAGUAGUUACGGGAUGGUUAUGUAUGGACACACCGGUGAAAUGAUUAUGUGUGGAAGCACCGGUAGGUGUUGUUGUCCGGCCUUUGGUGGUGCUCACAAUCAAUUGAGUUAA